ACAAAAAUGGUGGGUGCAGAAAAUGAUAAUCAAGAGCACAGAGACGUAGAUGUUAGAGAAAACAUGGAUAACAACCAACAAAACGGAGAAUUAGUUCCUACGGAAAAUAAUGAGGAGAGAGAUGUAAACGCGGAGGUCGACGAACAGAGGAAAAAAUACCAGCCUUCGCGACUGGAGUCAUUUUUCGCGAUUACAAAAUCUUUGAUCAUCCGUGCCCUUAUUAUUUAUUUUAUUAGUUAUCUAUUCAGACGCCCGCAACCCGAUACCAAUGUUCAGACAUCUGGUGCUGUAAAUCCGACGCGAUUGCCAGCCGUAAACAUAUUCGAAAAUGGGACAUUAUUUGAUUUACAUGUUUAUCUAUCGGAAUCAGAGACUUUUAAACAGUUCGAUGAUCCAAGGAGAUUAAUAUGGUUGGAACGGGGAUUAAUAUACGGGGACUGGUACAGUGGACCAGAUAAAGAUGGUCAGAGAGUAUUUCAGUACAAAUUUGCUCCAUCAAAUCAAUUAAAGAACAAUGGGUCUAUAUAUCUUCAUGUAUAUGUAACCAAGAGUGGAAAGUCCCCUAAUCCUAAAGCAGGAAAAAAUAUUUAUGCUGGAGAUUUCAUGUCAUAUUCUGGAAAGAUGUUAAAUAAAUUUAAGAAGAUUAGAUAUCAGAAGAAACAUAAUAUAUACACACACACACAUACAUACACAUAUCACUUCCCAGAGAAAGCUGAAGUAAUGAAUCAGGAGUAUGUGUCACAUUGGCAUCCCAAUUUAACAGUCAAUUUGGUAAUUGACCAAACAAAUUGGGCUUAUGGUCAAGUGCCACCACCAUUGGAUACAUACAUUCACUUUUUACCUGGUGAAACGUUUUACAAGCCUGUAAUAUACACAAAUGAUUUCUGGAAUAUGCAAAGGGACUAUCAGCCUUUGAACGACACCGUCAAGGAACUUGAACUCAGAUUAACUUACCAGCCUCUUUCAUUGUUCAAAUGGCAAAUUUAUGCAGCUCAAUCAAUGAGAAAUAAGUGGACGUCUUCAUUCAUGGGGGAGUCAUCGGAUGAAGAUGAAAACGAUGAAGAUACUUUGAAAGAAACAUUAUUGGAAACAAAUCCGUAUUUGUUGGGUCUAACUAUAGUUGUAUCAGUAUUACACAGUGUAUUUGAAUUUUUAGCAUUUAAGAAUGACAUUCAAUUCUGGAACAAUCGUAACUCCUUAGAGGGUCUAUCGGUUCGGUCUGUAUUCUUCAAUGUGUUCCAGUCGCUAGUUGUGUUAUUGUAUGUCCUUGAUAAUGAAACGAAUACGGUUGUCCGAAUUAGCUGUGCGAUAGGUUUAUGUAUAGAAGUGUGGAAAAUUAACAAGGUAGUAGAUAUUAGCAUAAAUAGAAAUUCAAAGGUUCUCGGCGUCUUUCCAAAAAUAAGUUUCCAAGACAAAGGGUCGUAUGUGGAAUCUUCCACGAAAGAAUACGACAGGCUCGCCUUUAAAUAUCUAUCUUGGGCUCUGUACCCUCUUUUAGGAGGAUACGCGAUCUAUUCGUUAAUGUAUCUUGAACACAAAGGAUGGUAUUCUUGGGUCCUUAAUAUGCUUUAUGGAUUUUUACUUACGUUUGGAUUCAUCAUGAUGACUCCACAACUAUUUAUUAAUUAUAAACUGAAAAGCGUAGCGCAUCUUCCAUGGCGUAUGAUGUCUUACAAAUUUUUAAAUACAUUUAUCGACGAUAUUUUCGCAUUCGUUAUAAAGAUGCCAACACUAUAUAGAAUUGGUUGCUUCCGUGACGAUAUCGUUUUCUUCAUAUUUUUGUACCAAAGAUGGAUAUACAAAACUGAUCAUACUAGAGUGAACGAAUUCGGUUUCUCUGGCGAAAUGGAAGCCAAGAUGACUAGCGAUAAAAAACAGGAAGCUAUUAUGGAUCGUCCGAAAGAUGAGACAGCAAAGAAGAAUGAGUAACAUACGGUACAUAAUAUUAGCGUUGAGUGUAUUAUUCGAACUUUAUCUGAAAUUAAUAAAUUAAUUAGUACCAAAGGAUAUAUCUACACGCAACAACGUGUAUUUCUGUGAAUUUGAUAUGACUGGGUGUGUAUGUAUACAUUCUUUCGGUUUCGAGAUUUAGCCAAAUAAACAAGCCUUGCAAUGAUACCGACACUCUUGGAUGCAGGAGUAUCGAUAUGCGUUGUAUUAGGCGAAAUAUCAGAAGUUUACCAUGUAUAUUCUUUUAGAAAACAAUUCUUCAUUGUUCUUAGUUCCGAAUUUUGCGUUCAACUUUUGCGAUUUUUAAACGUUUUAUAACUGUUAUCGCCUCGUACGACCUUGAACAAAUAUAAAGUUUAUUUCAAUAUUUACAAAAUAUUUAAAAAUGCGAUUCCCUGUUCGUAUACGGAAAAAUUGAAAUCGCUCGGAUUGCAUCUGAAUAAUUUAAACGACAAGCGAUAAUAUAUUCUUUGCGCAUACAGUGAGGUAUUCAAGUAUUCAUCACACGAGAAUGCAGAGAUAAAAUGAACUGUGUCUUUUUAUGUUAUUCAAUUUAAAUAUACAUUUGUAAUUUAUAAUCAAUCUUUGAAUAAGAGUAUUAAUACAUUGUUUUCAGUUACUACGUAGUAAU